AAUCGCCGACAAUCCCAUUCGGUGAUUGCAGCACGGUACAUGACAGACGGCAGUGAACAACGAUAAGAGAGAAAAGAAACGACCAUCCAUAGCUGAUCUGUCAUUUGUUAUGUAAUCAUUAACGCCAAAACAAUGGACGACAAAUUCCACCGAGCAGCCAAGGAUGGCUAUUUGGACAUUCUGCGAAGCGCCACCAAGAAGGACCUGAACGCCUUCGAUGAGGAUGGGAUGACACCGACUCUGUUCGCGGCGGCUUAUGGGAAUCUGGACGCCAUGAGGAUGAUUGUGGGCAGGAGUGGUGACCCUGACAAAUGUGAUCUUCAAGGGUUUACCGCCCUCCACCACGCUGCGAAAAAUGGGCAGACGAACAUCGUCUCCUUUCUUGUCAACUUCGGCUGCAAUAUCUGGGCUCUGGAUAAUGACCAUCAUUCGGCCUUGGAUAUCGCCAUGUUAGAUGACAAAGUAGACAUCAUCUCUCUGCUGGACGAUGCACAAUCCAAACAGCAGCAGAAGAAUCCAAAAAUGGUGCAGCAUCUGCGGGAAAAGGCGACCAAAGAAGCUGAACAGAAUAUCAAGCGAAUGGAGAGAAGACAAAGAGAAGCUGCUAAGCAUGCAGAAAGGGAGGAACGGCGGUUGCAGGAAGAAUCGAAUCCUGAUUUCAAACCUCCCAGCAAAAAUAUUAUUAAAACCUUAACAAUGAGACUAAAAUCAAAAAAGAAACUACCGACUACAACCAUUGGAAAUACUACUUUUUCCCAAAUCGCACAACCUACUAGGCGAGGGGUUGGUGGAGUGCAAAGAAAGAUUUCGCAAAAGCAAGGCGGUCAACAAGAAUUCGGACUACCUGGUGAUUUUCACGUUAGUGAAAAUAUUGACGGCAAACGAACACUUCGUUCUUUAGCUGGAACAACAGGUGUGCGAAAAGGUUCUGAUAUAAUGUACGUGACAAACCGAGAGGCAGAGCCCGGUACACGAAAACCGCUGUCCGGCGUGUUUCCCGGAGUUAAUGGAGUUUCCGGGAGUAGUUCCAAAUGGAAAAGUGAAUCCGACCUGCUAGAUUCGGGUGUAGACAGUAUUGAUUCGGGAGGAUUCGACGAAGAGGAAGAAAAACCGGGAAUGUUCUCAAGACCAAACUUUGGGAAAAUUGCUUUUUUAACGAAAGUAGGAGGGACUCUUAACGCAAUGGGUCGUUCGGUUUCUGCUGAUUUCUUGGAUAACCCGGAUCAAGGUUUUGAUGAUGUUAUGAACGGAAACCGUGAGAGCGGAAGUUCCGAGAGUCUUGAACAAAAUGGCGUCUUCGAUGACGAUCAAAAUGUUCCUUGGAACCCGGAUGAAGUGUGCUCUGAUGAUGAAGACGAAGAAACGGCGUUUUCUGAUUUGAUCCGGUUCUUAGCCUCUUGUGAUUUAAGCCCUUAUAUUCACUUAUUCACGGAUGAAGACGUGGAUUUAAGCUCUUUGAUGACAUUCUCUGAAGAAGAUCUAGAGAAAUUAGGUUUGAAACUGGGACCGCGCCGAAAGCUUCAAAAAGCGAUCAAAACCAGAAAAGAACUGCUUUCAGUACCCACAGCAAUAAAAGAUUCUUACCUAUAAACUCACUGUGUUGUGAACUAAGUAAGAUAAACUUAACAGACUGUUUCAUCAUGACAAAAACUAUUCUGUUUAAGUAGUUGCAUUUUUCAAACCAUUCAACGACAUUUUUGUAAUUUAAAAGAUACGAGAACAGUAAGGAAAUCCGAAGUUUCACAUACUUGAUUUAUAUUGGCUGCUAAAUCGAAUUUCUAUCCCUGGCAUUGGUGUUGAUAAUCUUAGACUGAAGUCACACACACAACAUGUAUCGUCUUGAAAGAUUAUGAAUAUUGUCGUGCACAUCAAAUAUUUCACAGUAAUUAACUUACACGUUACGUUUUGUAAAUAAAAGGCUACUACUAUUCAUUCGUGUACAAAAGGGUCAGAGACAGAAAAAAGGACAUUUCACGUUGUAUGGCUACAUGUAUAUCGCAGAACUAUUAUUUUUUAAACAGAUUCAAAAAAGUAUUAUGUAUAUAUAUUUUGCAUUUAUCAUUUUAUUUCAUUCAACCUAAUUUUGCUCGUGGUAUCUAUGAAGUUUUUUUAAAUUAUCAGAUAUGUGAAUAUGUAUUACGAUUCAAUUCAUUUUAUGAUGAAAUUAACCAGAAAGGAAAGAUUUGUGGCACAAAAUACCAGUGACACCAAUUUUGUUUCAUAAUGCAUGUGUAUCAUCGAGUUUUAACAAUCAAAGGUAUGGGAGGACGAAGAAUCAAAAUAGUUUUAAUUUGUAUGACAUUUUGAGAGAGAAAGUUAAGUGUACCUUUUGUUUAUUAAAGAAUGUAAAUACGA